AUGAAGCAGCAAGUGGGGGCGAUUAUUUUUGGCUUAAUAGUAGUGAAUGUCUUUUCGUGGGAGUGUACCAAACCAGGACGGUUUCCUGAUCCCGAGGAUUCCGAAGGUUGCGAUAAUUACGUGACGUGCAUUCCCAACUCUGGAGGUUCCUUCGAGCUGCGAACAGACCAGUGCAAUCCCGGAAGUCUGUUUAGUGCUAAAUAUCAACGCUGUAUUGUUGGUGAUUCGUGUGAUGAAUUGGAAGAUUUUUAUUCGAUCGAAUAUGACUGCAGCGAAUGUGGAAAAUUUGUGAAUGUGCAUUCACACGACUGUCGGCAGUUUGUGAACUGUUUGAAGACGAAAGAUCCGGGAGUUUUUGUUGCGAUCAAACAAAGCUGUCCAAAAGCGCAAGUUUUUUCGUCGAAAAGUUUGUCGUGCGUGAAUGAAAGUGAAUACCAAUGUCCUCCGGUAGCUCUCAAAUUUUUAUCAGACUUUGUCUGUCUUGACGUUGGGAAAUAUCCAGAUGAAUCUGUGCCGAACUGUAAGGGAUAUAGGCUAUGCUCGAAGCUGAGAAAUGGAACGCUUGUUUCGAAUAAUUAUCUCUGCGAAAAUAGUUUUGUUUUUUCGGAAGUCGAGAAGAAAUGUGUGUCUCAUGUCGACUACGACUGUCCAGAUGAUAGUAACUACAGUUUCGUGUGUCCUGGAAUCGGACAGUAUCCGGAUGCAGUAUCCAAGACGUGCGAAACGUUUCAUAAUUGCGUUGAGAAUUCCAAAGGCCAACUCGAGUCAACUUUGUCUACCUGCCUCGAGGGAGAUAUUUUCUCAGCAAUUGCGUCAAAAUGCGUUAGUAAAUUGGAGUAUGUAUGUCCCCGCGCAUUAACCGAACUGAAAUUGCUCGAUCAGUACGCUGAGGAUGGACCCAUCAAUGUUCGACCACUGUCAAGUGAUUUGGAAAUUUCCUUGUGUGUUGAAUCGGGCAGGUUUUCGAAUGAUGAGGAUGAGCGCUGUGAAACUUACAAUUUAUGCUCCCGCGAUGCGCAAGACAACUGGUUCAAGGUGAUCGUGCGAUGUCCUUCUGGAACCCUAUUCUCAUCCGAGAAGAAACGUUGCGUAGAUAAUGAAGCAUUCGUUUGUUCAACGAUGACGACCGAAUUGCUGCUUCCAUCGACCUCUGAUUUGCCAACAGUAGAACUUAACACAUACGAAUGUGUCGAAGGUGGUGCGAUCGCCAAUGCUGACGAUAAUACCUGUAAGACAUACUACUUAUGCUCACUGAAUUCGGAGAAUAUUCUAACCCAAGCAUUAUUCAUUUGCCCCCACGAGUCACUAUUUUCUACACUUUUGAAUAAAUGCGUCAAAGACGACGGCACAUUUCAAUGCCAUGGAACCACGCAAUUAGCCGCACUAGACAACAGUGACGUGUCGGGAGAUGGAAUUGACACAACAGUUAUAAUUCAAUCAACAGUGGUCGAUUCAGGCCAAAUUGAAGUGCCUUCUCUUACCAAAUCAGACACUCCUUCAGACAGCCAAGUAACAAUCCUCACAACGACGAUUCCGGCAUCGUCAUAUACGUACCCUUGCACCGCCACCGGCCGAUUCGCCGACAUCAAUUCAGAGGACUGCGGAUCAUACUUCCUCUGUAAGGAAGACAAAUCUGGUUCCAUUGUUUCCGUGCAUCUGAAUUGCCCCAGCGGAAUGGUAUUUUCCAGAAACAACAAUAAAUGUAUUAUAUCAGACAAGUAUUUAUGUUGA